AAAUAAAUCUAGAAGACCUACGAAACGUCAUUCACCUUUCAAAUUUAACGCGAUGUUGUAAUCAAAAUUCUUGUAUUUUAAUUUUCUCAAAUGAUAACAGAAUCCACAUCAGCAGCAUCUGACAAUGAUUCGGUGGGUAGUCAGAGAUCGUUACAAAUGCGGGGUCUCCCCGACAUUUUCGCAUCAUCGAAUGCCGUGACGCGGCCUCUACUGGCUAAAAAAGGACCGAAUUGUGACGAAAUGUGCAUUCACAUUGAUGGGAAGGAUUAUAUUUGCCGGAUUUGUCAUGGCGGUUACAGUUCCGGGGAUUUACUCACUCCUUGUAAAUGUAAAGGGUCGAUAGCUUUAGCUCAUUUGAACUGUUUGGAGAUUUGGCUGAACGAAUCAAAUAGGAAUGAAUGUGAGCUAUGCCAAUACCACUUCAGAGUAGUGAGAGAACCGAAAUAUGGGAUUCUACGGUCAAUUAUUGUUUUUUUAAGACAUCCUGGAGAUCAUUUUAGGGAAUUAUUAGUUGAUAUUAUUACUUUGGUUGUUUAUACACCGUCGACGGUGACUUCCACCUAUAUGUUAAUGUUACUAUGCGAGUCUAUGGCUAAGGCAAGCCCAAAAUUUCGAAAAACUAUUCUUUCACAUGUUAUGGCAUUUAUUUCUAUUUUUGGUAUUGCGGCAAUUAAUUUUACUUAUACAUCUUGGUUAGUUUUAACAAUAGAAAAAUACGUCGAUUAUUGGCGAGAGUGGUACAAACAUAAUUGCAGUCUAAGAGUAAUCCUUUCAGCUAAUAAACUGAACGCAAAUCCUGCACUUUCAAAUAAUACCGCGUCAACGUAGGGAUGUUUAAAUUUUUACUAGAAACUAAACUUGACAGAUGUUUGACGUUUCGACUUUUACAACAACAAAUAUGUGUAAAAUGCAGUUUUUAAAAUAAACUGAAUUAAUUUUGAAA